UAAAGACGAGUAAAGACGUAGGUUCUGUGAUUCUAACCUACUUUUCACCUACUGACUUUUUUUUAAUUUAUCUAUGAUUCUAACACUAUAUUAGCCGGGUUAAAACUCGGUUGUACAUAUCGGUGUUCAUAGAACAUUCCAUUCCAGGAGGAUGUUCUGGAUCUGUGUUCGACGAUGUUAGAUAUGGUCAGAUUUUCAACAGAUGAAAUAAUCGCAUUUGCCAUGUAACUAUGGACAAGCUUAUCCAGCGGUUUUUUUCUGGUCUGCCAGUCAGCAGCUUAAACUUCCCGAGCGAAGCAUUAAGUUUGGAGGGCCAGAUGACUCUUUUAAAUGCGACAGUAAACAGCGAUUUGGUUCUCAAGCAACCACUAAGAUACCAAUAUCAGAAGGCCUUUCUCAAACGUCUUCUCAAUCAGCUGGAAUCGCUUGAUCUGGUCGUGUUCGAAGGGCUGUACUCUGCAUAUGUAAGACUGGUGCAGAUGCCCCAUCAACUUGGCUCCAAGAGUUUCAAUCAUUAUAGGGUGGGAAGUGGAGGUGAUGUCGUCACACUGAUUGAAGACGAGAACUUAAUUUCUCAAGGCACUACUGGAUUAAGAACAUGGACGGGUGCUUUGGCUUUAAGCGAAUGGUGUUUGAACAACAAAGACCUCAUAACAAACAAGACCAUUCUGGAACUGGGAUCCGGAGUGGGACUAACAGGUCUUGUUGCAUGUCGACAUUGCCAUCCGCAACGGUUCUGCUUCAGUGACGGCCAUCCCGAGGUUGUAAAGACCUUGGCUGAGAAUAUUAAACUGAAUUUUCCCACGGCCAGUGCAGUUCCAAGCUCCAAGUUACGACUAGAUCUAGAAAUUGACAAAACAACAAGGGUUUCGCUGAUGAACUUGUCCUGGGACAAUAUUGAUUGCACCGCUAUAGCAGCGCUGGGCAAAAUCGACUUUGUGUUGGCAGCAGAUGUGGUGUACGAUCCCGAGCUAUUUCAGCAUCUAUUGAACGCACUGAAGAUGGCUGACGGAGAGUGCAACAUUUUUGCUUGCACUGAAAGAAAUCCAGAUACCUUGAAUCUGUUCUUGAAAGAAGCUGUGCAUUCGUUUAGGUGUAUAGAGCUGUCAUGUCCUGAACAGAAAAACUUUACUUGGGAGCCGGUUCCUUUAGUUAGGAUUUUUCAGUUUCAACGGAAAUCCAAUUGACCGCAAAACACUUGUAUAGUUCCAGUUUCAGUAAUCAAUGUGGAUUAUAUGUUUGGGUUUACAAGCAUAUAUCCAGUUCUUCCUUAAUUCCAUGUGCGCGUCGGUUGAACAACUGCUGAAAAGGAAAGGAUUAAGCGUGCCUUUAUCAGAAAAUCAUUGGGAAGCAUUUUGUGUUUUGUACCAUUGUUUUGGAAUGCCUUUAUUUGGCACUCAAAGUGGACGGUAUUUAUUUUAUAAUUAUAAUGAUGACCACUGGGUGUUUUUUACGAUACUUUAUUUAUGCCUUUUUAUAUUAAAAUUUUAUUAGAUUAUAAUCGAGUCUCUAUCAACAACAACUUUUUUGUUUACAAACAACAACCGUUGCUACUGGUAUCUCGAGCUUCAAUUAUUUACAGUCUAUUCUCAAUUAUUUUAACAGCACUAACGAUUAACAAUUCCUUAACAACCAUUGGAUUAAUAAAAUUUUGCAAUAGA